UGCAGUUUCAUAGUUAUUGUUUGAAGGUAUUUAGUUUCCAUUUAUCACCAAAAGAAAAACGAUAACGUAACUAGCUGGUCAUUAUCGAGUUUGACUCUGCACAAGGCUGAGCAUUUUUCUAGAUUUAUAUAUGUUUUAACUUACCAAAUCAGUAUGAUGUAUAUUUUCAUUUCUAGACAAGAUUUGCGGUCACACAUAGCAAUCAUUCUCAGCGCAGGCAUUCUCCCUAUUCUUCUGAGACUACCAGGGGAAGGACGUCAAGGUCUAGAUCACCUGUUCGUCGAUAAAGAUGCUAGAAACAAAGAGUUUCAUUUCGUUUAUACAGGUUCACGAGCAUAUAAAGCCAUUUCUGUUCCGUGGUAUCUGGAAGAUCUCCUGAAAUCUGGAAUUCAGUCGCAUCCAGAAAGAAAUGAGAUGCAUGAUGAAGUGGUAACUGAGAUAGGUAUGCGGAAUUAUAUAUUUCAAUGAUUACUCUAUAUCUGUUCAUGAUUUCGAUAGUCAUACCCGAAAUUUAGAGCUCUCUCACAAGAUAUUCCGUGCACAUAUAGUUCCUUUCUUCGUCCCAUUCCAGUUUGUG